CAAAAAAUCUCAAAAAUAUGCUCAUAAAUACAAAUGGUGAAAUAACAACUCCGUCUGACAAGAUAUUUAAUCCUGAAGUUAUAGAUAAAAGAAAACAAUUGAUCGAGAAUAUAAAGUUACAGAACGGUAUUAAAACCUCGAACAGAAAUAAAAUUGAGACAAAAAUCCUGAGCCAAAAGCCUAUUCUGAGUAAACUUUUUCCAUUUCACAAUCAAAAUCAAUUUGUCAACCAAGCUAACUAUACAUCAAUUCAGUCGACUUCUUCCAAUCUGGGACAAGCUUUUCAAGCCUUGAGUUCUUCUACUCCAGAAUCAACUUCUCAAAGUCAGAGUUCUUUUCACACUUUACAGACUUCUCAACUUCAGACUCCUUUUAACGCAGUAAAAACAUCUCAACUUCAAAUUCCUUUCAAUACGGUACAAACUUCUCAAGUUCAGAGUUCUUUUAACCCGGUAUCAACUUCUCAGCUUGAAACCACUUCUAGCCAAGCACAAUCACCUCAAUUUCAACCUUUUUUGACUCAAUUACAAGCUUCUUCAACUCUGUGUACUUCAGUACAGAAAAAUAAUGAUUAUUUUUCCUCGAAACCCAGUAUUAUUUCUACACUGAAUUAUGAUCAACAGGAUACGUAUGAGUUUCCGCCGAAUGUACAUACAAGACCUGUUGGUCAAGUAAUUAAUUUAAGAAAUGUAAAUCAAUCUACUACAAAUGCACAAGAGACACCUGUUUCUCAAAAUAUUCAGGAAAAUGAAAGAAUGUAUGAAAAUGAAAAAACGGUUACAGUUGUAAAAUCAGUAGUACCAUCUAAUGAAAUAACAAAUUUACUUUCUCAAUUGGUCCCCAAAAAACUUACAUUAGAAGUCGUUGAGUUCGUGGAGGCACUUGCAAUCAAUCUGAGACAUAAAUAUAAUGAAGAGCAUCACAACACUUCAAAAGAAUCAGUUUUUACACUUCCAAUGCAGUAUUUUGAAAGCGGCAAGGAUAAAGUUGAAAUAUCGCCAGGCAUUGGCUUUUACAUGUGUAAAAGCGUUUUAUCAGACAUUAAAGAAAGGGCUUCAAACAACUGGCGGGAAUUAGUGAUCAUAACACUAGAUGAAGUAUAUGGCAAGAAAUUGCCUAACUUCUCAGCCAAAGGACGUAAAUCAAACAAACGGCCAGGAAUUAACAGUACAUUUUUUAAAGGACUUUACUGUUGGGCAAAAAAAAUUGAUAAUUCCAUUACACUAAAACAAUUCACUAAGGCCAUAAAUGAUCAUGCUGGUAAUCUACGGAAAUCUAAAAAUAAACAAACAAAACAGAAUGAUAAAAGACGGUCUCGUAUAAUCGUUUCUGAUGAAGAAGAAAUGAGUGUUGAAGAAGAUUAUACGGAAGAUGAAGAUGAAACAGAUGAAGACAAAGAAAACGCAAAUGAAGAUGGAGACAAAAAAGAUGGAAACAAAGAAGACGAAGUGCUGGACAACAAUGACAAUAAUGAUGAAACAAUUGAAAAAAACCAACAUUUGGAAUAUUAUUCUGAUGAAAGUUUUCUAUUAUCAUAUUAAUAAAAAAUAAAGUAUUAAUCAUCGUUCAAAUUGCUUCAAUAAAAUUGUUUAGAACCAUCAUUGAAUAUUUUGUUUAUUAUAGCUAUUCAAAGUAUCACCACUAUGUUUAUUAUUCGAAUAGUCACUAUUGUAUUAAUUCAUCUUACAUUCUAUCGCAGGGAUGGCCUUUAGGAUGAACCGUUUUUCUAAUUUUUUUUUGCUGGAAUCAAAUUAAACUGUUAUUUAUUCGAGCUCAUUUCUGUAAAACCUAAAAAGAUAAUUUUGUUACGAGGAAAAUUUUUAU